AGAGACGUGACGUCAGACCCGGCGCCCCGUCAGAGCCCAACGAGUACAACUUCAACUUCAAGAAACGUGGCCUCUUUAUCCUCAUCAACAACAGACAUUUCGAGGAGGAAGUUGGACAGCAUCCCAGAGAAGGAAGUGACGUGGACGCAGAACGUCUGGAGGAGAGAUUCCAGGACCUCGGCUUCGAGGUCAGGCGAUAUGAUGACGUCACCUGCUCGAAAAUGACGUCACUUUUAUAUGAUGCGGCGUCCCAGGACCAUUCCGAGCAUGACUGUUUUGGUUGCGCCAUCUUGUCCUACGGAAGAGAAGGGAUGGUCUACGCUAGGGACGGUCACGUGUCUCUGGACCUGCUCGUGCUGCCUUUCAAGGGAGACAGGUGUCCUUCCCUCAUCGGCAAACCUAAACUGUUCUUUAUCCAGGCAUGCCAGUGCAGACGACACAGCAUUUACCUGGACCCUACCUCCAGACAAGGAAAAGUGUCCCGGUCACCCUCUCCUGUGUCACCUUCCUCAAGCAGACGAUCUCCCAUGUCGCCCAGUUUUACAGGAGACGACGACCCGGUCGACGCUUGUGGUCUGGUUCACAUGCGGAAAAUUCCGGUAGAAGCCGACUGUCUCUUCUGUGUUUCCACUGUUCCAGGCUAUUACUCGUGGCGCAACAACCAGGACGGUUCCUGGUUCAUCCAGGCCCUGUGUAUCGUCCUGGAGAACUACAGCACCAAGAUGGAGCUCAUGCAUAUGCUGACACACGUCAACAGAAUCGUGGCCUACGAGUUCGCUUCCUGCAGUGACCGAGAAUUUGGCGAGUCCAUGAAACAGAUGCCUUGUAUAGUCUCCAUGUUGACCAGAUACGUCUACUUCCGGCCCAAGAAACAGGAUAUCCGAUAG